AUGUACACAGGACAAUAGCAUAGUCAGUCUAAGAGAAAGAGACUAAUUAACACAAGACCAAAGAAGUCUAACUGCUAACUCCUUCUAUCAAGAUUUAAGGGUGUAGACCAGUUUGGAACAAAAGUUUAGCUUACUUUUUAAGGCAAAGAAUCGUACAAAACUUCAUUUGGUGCUUUCGUCUCUUUGAUCCUAAUCAUUACUCUAAUGAGUUACGGUAUUUACAAAGGGUAACUCUUGUUCAACAAAUAUAACCCAAAUAUUUCAAAAGUAUCAUUAAUAAGAGAUAUGGGUGAUGGGCUCGAGUUCUAGCCUGCUCAUACUGGGUUUGAUUUCGCUAUAGGGCUGUAAAAAGAAUUGGAUCCUUCUUAUGGUCACAUUACUAUCAAUGACAUAAUAUAAAUUGAAUCUGAAUAGAAUGGGACAUCUAAAAGUAGAAAUCGAACAAAAGUUUAUAAUCCAAUGGAAUAUGAAAAAUGUGGAACUAGUAAAUACAAUUAUACAUAAGCAGAGUGCUAAGAUUAGAAUGUGAUAGAUGACUAUUUCAAUGAUGAAGUGUUUAGUUUAGCUAUUGUAAAUACAUACUUUGAUUUUUUUGAUUUUAAAGACAAUUAUCCAAUUAAGAAAUUUAUUGAUGAUUCCUUUUUUGUUGAAGUUGAAGCUAGUAAAAUUAAAAAAGCUAAUAUAUAUAUCCAGCUUUAAGAUGCUUAGCUUCAGGAUAAUUACCUAUAAUUAGGUUAAACAGAUUAGAUUUAGUUCCAUUAAAUUUCAAAUAAUAGGGAGUAUGAUAAGAUGUAUGUUGACAGCGAUGGCUACAUGAUUGCAUUAUUUUUAAGAUUAGAUGAUUAAUAUGAUUUGUAUAACAGAAAAAUUUAUUCAUUUUUAGAGUUACUAGGAGAUAUUGGUGGAUUGUAUAGAUCUCUGUAAGGUAUUGGGUUAUUCAUAGUUGGUAAGAUAGCUGGUAUACUGUUCUUAAGUGAUGUUAUGAAUAAAAUUUAUCAAGUUAGAAAAAAUUUUGAAAGUGAUAAUGAUAAAGACAAAAAAUAACAGAAUGGGAAUAAAGUACAAGAUAAUUCAGAAUAGUCCACCUAGAGGCAGUAAAAUCCUUCAGAUCCUAAUAAUAGCCUAUUAAUAGAGAACCAGACUCGGAAUCCAAAUUACCUCUCUCAUUCUAUAUCAUUACCUAAUAACUCAGAGAAUAAUAAAACAAUUGAUACUAGAUAAGUUGAUUAGAGUAGUAGUUUUACCUAGGUGCCUGAAUCAAACAAUAUGACGAAAUAAGGAAGAAUUAUAAUUAAAACUUUAGAACGAUACCUAAGCAACUUGUUCAAAGGCAAGAGAUUCAUUAAUGAUUAGGAUGUUUAAAACAUACUCUAAGCCUUUAUAAGUAGAGUAAGAUUCUCAUACUCUCCAUUAAAGAUAAUAGUGAAUAUUCUAAGAUGCGCAAGACCCUUAUCUCAUAGAUAGUUAAAGGACUCAACCAUAUAUAAAUCACAUCAUUUAUUCUUGAGAGGAAAAGAGAAGUUAGAGAGGGAUUUAGAUGUAAUUUAGUUAGUGAGAACUCUCAGAAAAUUUAAGUUACUCUGUCAAGCUUAGCUGGAUUAGUAGCAUAGAAUGCUUUUGAGAUUUUAAAAGUAAAAUUUGAUUGAAACUAGUUCUGAAUCUUCAGAUUCCGAUGAUAAUCAUCUUGAACCAGUAGGAUUGCUAGAAUCUACAAUUCCGAUUAUUAAAUUAGUAGCACUUGGCAAACUUAAGAGGAUGGUAAAAUCUUUCGAAGGCAUGAAACUUGAUCAUACUGAGUCUAAUCUGAUAAGAGGAGUUUUCAAGAGAAAGCUAAAAGAUUUUGAGGAAGAUUUCUAAUAAGAGAAUGGGAAAUUGACUUUGAUGCAAAGACUGAAUAAAAAUGGAGGUAUUAGACGAUACUCUAAUUACGGAUCAAAUAAUCAUGAUGAGAGUGUAGCUUUAAAUAGGGAUGAGGAAAACGAUUCUAGGAUCGCAGCUGCUUCUUAGAAUAACCUUGAUUAGAUAUAUUUGCAUUCAGAGUGA